AAUAAGACUAAAUUUUACGUCCGCAACGAUAUCUACACGCCUGCUGAACAGCAACGGAUGAUGAGUUUAGAGGCGAAUCGAGGCUCGAGGAGGUCUGGACCUCCAACUUCCACGUCAGCGCCAACAGCUGCACAAACGGGGACUACAAAGAAAGCUCACAUCCUUGGUCUAGGAGAAAAAUUUCAACCCUCAUCUACAUCUCGAUCUUCCAGUAAAGAAGUACUAGAACAAGUUACAACUUCUACAGCGAAUGCUUCGUAUUCAGCCAACGCCCGCGAUCGAAUGCGUCGACCUGGCGCUGCUACUGAACCGUUUCGUUUUGGCAGUCGACCAGGUCUCUACGCGGACGUACAUAGGAGGAGGAGCUUCCUCUUCGUGGAUGAACCUGAGGGAGUAGGAUCAGCGAGCGAAAAUGUGAAUGGCGUUGCUGGUGAUGGAGGUAAAAAAGGUGAUUUCUAUGCCGCUUACAACAAAGAUUAUGGCAGCAUCGGAGAAAACAAGCAGAGUGAUGUAGUGCCUCCAUCUUCUUUUUCAAAUCAAGAAACACUACGUGAUCGUUCUCUACCAAAGCAGGAGAAGACGUCUGAAGGAGCCUUUGUUUCUUCAAGCGAAUCACGGAAAGACCUCGAUCACGAUCCUACGACAAACAAGCUUCCAUCCAGACACGAGCAGUAUAGAAAGGUCUACGACUUUUUGGGGUAUUUGCCGAAGCAGCCUACUCCCGCACAGGAGUCUGCUCGGAGACUAGACG